AUGAAGAAUGAUUUUACAAACUUUCCAAUGAAUAAUACCUUAAAAAGUCAAGAAGAUCUUGAUGCAGAUGAUCAAAUUCCUAUGACACCUAUACAACCAAAUAUGCCAAUUAAUAAUAAAUUACUAAUGCUAAGUCCUCAGAAUUUAAAGAAAAAUACAAAAAAUUUAUCAUUGAGUAUAAAUGAUGUUUCAACUAGUAAUCGUAUUUCAACAAAAGACACAUCUACAAUAACGAAUACAUCAAGCAUACAAAGCAAUAAUUAUAAAGGUGUUGCGCCAUUCUCACCUAAAUUAUUUAAAACGAAUAGUGACGCUCAAAUUUUCACAUUACAAAAUGUACAAUCAACUCAAUUGAUCAAUGAGAACAAUGGUACCACAAUUACUCCCAAUAAUUUUAAGCCUAUUUUGAAAAGGGGGCAUUCAUUAUUUGCCAGACCACCUUCAUCUCCAAUUAAUAUCAACGGUAACAUUUCACCCACAUUUCUUUCCAUUAAUACAACAUUUGAUAAGAAAAAUCAAAAUAGCACAAAUAAUAUUAGUGGUAGUUCCAAAAAUACGGAAAAAAUUCCUAGUAUAAGGGGACAUACAAGAACAAGAUCAAAGACUACUUCAGAAACCAUUAACGCCACUAUUAACAACAAACCUUCCUCAGGGAAUACAUAUUCAUCCAUUUCUAAUAAAAAUUUAUCUCAAACUAAUUUUAUAAACAAAGCACAAACUGCUUUUAAAGAAAAAAAUCAAUAUCAUCUUGAAGGCGUACAGACUUACAACGAAGAAGAUGAGGAUGAGGAUGAUUUGCAAGGCGCAUACCCUAAUGGACCAGUUUUGGUCGUACCACCAAAUAUUUACUUAUACUCUGAACCUUCUAUCGAAGAAAGUACUAAAUUCGACGUAAUAAUAAAUGUAGCAAAAGAGUUGACUGACAGUGCAGGUAGGCAACGUAGUUUCAAAACAUUCAGUACUGACAACUAUUAUCAUUAUUUAUGGACCCAUGAUACUAAAAUUAUCGAAGAUUUACCCAGCUUGACUGAAUUAAUGUAUGAGAAGGCUGUUUUAAAUAAUUCAAAGAUAUUAGUGCACUGUCAAUGUGGCGUUUCCAGAUCAGCAAGUUUGAUUGUAGCUUAUAUUAUGAGGUAUCAAACCAAAAAACUAAAGGAAGCUUAUAACUUAUUAAAGUUAGAAGUCACAAACAUAAGUCCUAACAUGGGAUUGAUUUUCCAGUUAAUGGAAUGGCAGGAUAUACUAAUUGAAAAUGAUUAUUUCAAUAGCAAUCAAACGAACACAAUUUUAAAAAAAAAUGCUGAUCACAAUAAUGAAGAGGAAUAUAUUAUGGACGAUGAUGCUGGAGACAACUUUUAUGUCAUUGAAGUGGAAGAUAAAAAUGAUGAUAAAGGCAAAAGAAUACAUUCAGAACUAGAUUAUGAUGAUCAUAGCAGUAAUAGUAGUACCACUAGCGGAGAUACUUUGGCUAUGGAUGUUACAAAGAAUUCUUGUUAUUAUAAUCAUAAAAUUGAAACAUCAACAAAUAAAUAUUAUGAUAGUAAUAAUAUUUAUAAUAUCAAAAAUAAAGAUAAUAACGAUUACUCAAUAUUGGGCAGUGGCACUCCAACAUCACCGAGGAAUCUUUCUGCAAUAGAGCCCUAG